AUGCCGCUGAAGGACGAGACCCUGCGGGAGGUGUGGGCCUCGGACAGCGGCCCGGAAGACGGAGGCCUGAGCCCCGAGGCCCCGCGACGCCCCGCGCCCACGGCGAGUCCCCACCCCGCGCAGAGGCCCGGACCCCGGAAGAAGAGGACCGAGACCCCCGCGUCCCCCGGAUCCGCGGGACCCAAGCCCCGCAGGCCUGCAGGUGGGCGGAGGCCGCGCGAGGAGCCCCCCGGCGAGCCCCCCGGCGAGCGCGCACAGACCGUGUACAGCAGGUUCCUCCGGGACCCCGGGGCCAAGAAGCGCGACCCCCGCGACACCUUCCUGGUAGCCCGGGCCCCCGACGCCCUCGAAGAUGAGGAGGAAGAGGAUGACGACCAGGAUGAGGAGGAAGAGGAAGAGGAGGAAAAGAAAGAGAAAAGCCCUGUGGCCCCCAAAAAGCCCCCCAAGGAGAAGGAGAGGAGGGCCAAGGCCCCAGGCUUGAAAGGGGACCCCGGAAGCCCAGACCCCCCAAGGAAAGCACUGCGCACCAAGAAGGAGGCAGGGCAGGGGGCCAAGAAAAAGGUGAAGAAGAAAGGGUCUGAAGAGACUGGCCAGGACCAGGGGAGCCCCAGCGGGGUGAGGAAGAAGAGCCCGGCUGCCAUGUUUCUGGUUGGGGAAGGCAGCCCAGCUGAGGCUGCCCGCUUCCCCAAGAAGAAGAAAGCCCCGCCCAAAGGCUCAGAAGAAGACAAGAAGGAGGAGGAGGAGGAGGAGGACGAGGACGAGGAGGGGGCGGCUAUGGUGACCAAGAACAGCAACCAGAAGGGCAAAGCAAAAGGAAAAGGCAAAAAGAAGGCGGAGAGGGCCGCGUCCCCGCCGCUGGAAGUGGACGACCCCCGGGAGUUCGUGCUGCGGCCCGCGCCCCAGGGCCGCGCCGUGCGCUGCCGCCUCACCCGAGACAAGAAGGGCAUGGACCGGGGCAUGUACCCCUCCUACUUCCUGCACCUGGACGCCCAGAAGAAGGUGUUCCUGCUGGCGGGCAGGAAGCGGAAGCGGAGCAAGACGGCCAAUUACCUCAUCUCCAGCGACCCCACCAACCUGUCCCGAGGAGGGGAGAAUUUCGUGGGGAAGUUGAGGUCCAACCUUCUGGGGAACCGCUUCACGGUCUAUGACAGCGGACAGAACCCGCAGCGGGGCGCGGGCGGCGCGGACGCGGACAGCCUGCGGCAGGAGCUGGCAGCUGUGAUCUACGAAACCAACGUGCUGGGCUUCCGCGGUCCCCGGCGCAUGACGGUCAUCAUCCCGGGCAUGAACUCCGACAACGAGAGGGUCCCCAUCCGACCCCGAAACGCCAGUGAUGGGCUGCUGGUUCGAUGGCAGAACAAGACUCUGGAGAGCCUCAUCGAGCUGCACAACAAGCCACCAGUCUGGAAUGAGGACAGCGGCUCCUACACCCUUAACUUCCAGGGCCGGGUCACCCAGGCCUCUGUGAAGAACUUCCAGAUAGUCCAUGCUGACGACCCCGACUACAUCGUGCUGCAGUUCGGCCGAGUGGCCGAGGACGCCUUCACCCUGGACUACCGGUACCCGCUGUGCGCGCUGCAGGCCUUCGCCAUCGCCCUCUCCAGUUUCGAUGGGAAGCUGGCCUGCGAGUGACCUGGG